AUGUUGCAGGAAUUCGCACAACAUACAAUGAACGAGCUGCUGGGCUGGUAUGGCUUUGAUGGAGUUGAUGUGGAUCGACUGGAUCUUACGGCAAAAACAUCGCGUUUGUUGCAGAGUGCUGCAGCCGCCGCGGCGGCAACUCAACAGCAGCAACAGCAGCGUGUCAGUCUGCGCAGCACACGCAGCUUUUUAACCUCUUAUCACAACAACAACAAUAGCAGCAGUAGCAACAAUAACAAUGGGCUUGGAAGCCAUCGCAAAUCCAACUGUCACAGCAAUAUAACCACACCCUCGGAUCACGAUACACGCAGCUCUAGAGAAGAUGACUCCAAGAGUCCACACUCCAUUGGCAAGUCAACAGCCACACCAGCAGCAGCGACAACAAUAACCGCAGCAACAUCACUGGCAACGGAUGAGAAAAUAGACCUGAACAGCUGCUGCUGGUGCCAUCGUGCGAUUGCCGAGAAUGCGCCGGACUAUUUGACCAGUACGGAUGGACCGCGCUAUUGCUCCGAGUCGUGCUUUACGCAGAGUCGUCGUGCCUCCUUCAAGAAGGCCAAAACCUGCGACUGGUGUAAGCAUGUGCGGCAUGCAGUCAGCUACGUUGACUUCCAGGAUGGCGCAUCGCAGCUGCAGUUCUGCUCGGAAAAGUGUCUCAACCAGUACAAGAUGCAGAUUUUCUGCAACGAGACGCAGGCACAUCUGGACAUGAACCCACAUCUGCGAGAUCAGCCCAGCGCCGAUGCGGCGGGCCUAAUAACUCCAGAGCUCUGGCUGCGCAAUUGUCGCAGUCGUUCGGCCUCGCCGGCUUCAACCAUAUCCGUAUCUCCGGGGCCGGCCAAUGCCUCCAAGCGCAGCUCGCCCUGCGCCACACCGCCCCACCUGCCUAGUAAACCUUUGAUCUCAGUGGCGCCCGCAUCGAAGCUGCUGGCCCAGAAGACAGCAGCGCCGACCACGCUCCCACCGCGCCACGCCCACAAUGCACUUAAGCCAGGUCGCCGCAAACGUUCGCAUCGUGGUGGCGCCCUGGGCAGCGAAACUGUCGCCAGUUUACUCCAUAAGCAACAACAACAUCAUCAUCAUCAGCAGCAGCAGCAGCAGCAUCAGUCGGCUCCACCGCUUGGCGUUGACUUUGCCGGCUCCAGCGUGCCGCUGCCGCCUUUGUCGCCUAUGCCGGAGCCGCCAGCGCCGGCGUCAGCGCAACCUCCUCAGCUGCCACCGCAGCCACCACAGCUUUGCCACCCGCCCAACUACUUUGCCACGCCUCCAAAUGGCGCACUGGGCCCACAUCCAUUUGGUGCGCGCCCAGCGCCUCAUCCUUUUCUGCCACCGCCUCCUGGUCUGCUGCCACGCGGAUUUGGCGCACGUUUUCCCGGGCUGCCGCCGCCCACACCGGCGCCCAUGCACGAGCUACACAACGCGCUGGGCAUACCGCCAGUCACCGUCAUGGUGCCGUAUCCCGUAAUCAUACCAUUGCCCAUACCCAUACCCAUACCGCUGCCCGUGAUGGAUUUCUACAAGGCGUACUUGACGCCCGAGGAGCGCAAGAAGCCUGCAACGGAGGAGCAGCCACAGCCGCUGGACUGCAGCAAGGCCAGAUCAGAGCAGGACGAAGAGCAAGAGGAUGACGCAGAGCAACUGGCUGUAGAGGAAGAGCUGCAGUCGGAGCAGCAGCUCCCAAGAGAGCAAGAGCUGCCCGAACUGAAACAUAUACCAAAGACAACAACAGACAACAACGAUGCAGCAACCACUACAACAGCCACAUCCUCGCCAGCAACUUCGCCAGCAACAGUAGAGGAAACAACCACGUCGACGUCGCCCUCAAUUACACCCACUCACUGCAUAGUCCAGGCGGAGAACAGCAGCAGCGCACUCGGCGAAAAGCUGCCCAAGCUGAAGAUAACGCGACUGCAGUCGAGAGCUACUGCGAGUGGGAGUGCAAGUGGGGGUGGAUGUGGGAGUGGGAGUGGGAGUGGGAGUGGGAGCGUUGCUAAUAGCAGCGCUGCUGCUGCGGCCGCCGAGUGCUCGCGGCCUCUGCGUAAACGCAAACGCAUAAUUGAUUGUGAUUUUCAAAAAAUAACGCUGCGUGGUGAGCUGGAGAGCGUCGAUGGACAGACGAACAACAAUAAUAACAAUAGCAAUCCUGGCAAGCGUAAGGAGGAGGGCGAUGAAGAUGAAGUGUGCAAUACAAACAGCAACUGUGCUAAAGCAAAAAAGUAGUAAUUAGCAUUUAAUAUAAACAUUAUGUAAUAAUUUAGAAUAGACAAGUGCUUAUAAACUAUUAGAAUGUGUAAGUGUGUGCGUGCUUAUAUUUACAUAUAAAUAUACUAGAAAACAGUAGAGUAGAA